AUAAAAUGCGACUGGUGGAAAAGGUCAAGAAACUAUAAACCAGAGCCACUGGAAUUGAAGAACAGUUUAGAGGAAGAAGGAUGGAGUGUUGGAAGGUCCCCAAUUCAUAAAGCAGUUACAAGCUCAUGGGACCAUCAAGUUCUAUUGAAAGAGCUUCAAAAAGUUCAGAGGCCUGCAGCUAAGAAAGAUACAUCACAUUCACCUUUCGUUUCCCAAGUAGUUCUUCCUUCUAGGUGGUUUGUAGAUAAUGAAUGGGAAGUCGUUGGGCAGAACAAUAAUUUUGAUUCAACGCAAUUAGCUGAACCUCUUAUGGGAAUAAUAUGCCGAAGCUACAGAUGGUAUUCCAUUGAAACAAAACCGAAUGUUGUUGUUUGGAAUUGUCGAGAUACAGAUAUUGGUUUUGUGUCUUGCGAAGCAAAAGAGAUGUUAGACCAUCUUGAAAGUGUUCUUGCAUCUGAGCAUGUUGUUGUGAAGAGUGGGCAAUUCAUUGUUGAAGUUAAGCCUCAUGUUAGCCAUAUCUUAGCCUUUGCAUUUGAUGCUGAUGUAUGUUGUUGUUAUGUUCCUUGGCGGAACAAACAUAUUCUACUGUCUUUUCAAGGAGGAAGCUGCUGGUAUCGAAAAAUCAAUAAGAAAUAUAAAAAUUGGAGAAGGAUGACAAGAGAAUUCAUUGUACUUGAGGGAAGUGAAGGUGAACAAAUUUUAAGGGUCACCACAAAACAAAUUGAUGUCAUUGAAGUGGAUGAUGGAGAGUAUUUGAGCUGUUUUAAAUGUUUGAAUACAUUAUGGUUGAUUUUGUGAAAUAUAUUCAUUGUUAUAAUAUAUUUAACUAGUGUAAGAUUAUUUUGUGAAUUAAUGUGUACACAUUUAGAAUAUUGUUUCGAAGUUUAUGGAAAGUCUAUAAAUUUGAGUUA